AUGCCUAAUACAUGCGCGAACUGCAAAGGUCCUGCAACGCGGCGAUGCACUGGCUGCACCGCAUCCGAGUUCUCUGUCUGGUACUGCACACCGCAGUGUCAGAAAACCCACUGGGCCGAGCACCGCUACGAAUGCGGCCCGACGCGCGAGUUGACGCCUGCCGACUACCUGGCCCGCGCUGUGUAUCGAGGCCGCAUGCCCGAUGACGUUGCUACGAUGCUGAAUUACGGCUUGUUGGGCCCGUGGACGGAGCCAGCCACAACCCUCUUCGAGGUCUACACCAGCGUCAUUCGGGAUCUCGGCGUCCCAGCAAAGAAGAUCCACCAGUGGCGCAGGUCUGGCCGACUGCACCAAGAGCUCUUGAAACAGCUCGAGCAGCAUCCAGGCGAGCGUCAGCGGUAUCUCCACACCUGGCUCGAACGAAGGCCACUCAUCUUCGGUAACCCUAUCAAGACCGCAGGCAUCACUACCCAGGUCGCCACCCAAAUGUUAUCGCCUGCCAUGCGCUACGCAGGACUUCCCGAAUGGUAUACCAUCGACGACGUCAGACAGGCUGACAUGCCAGACUUGUGGCAGUAUUGUUUCGACCUUCGCGUCCUCCUGACUCCCCUCCACCUUAUGCGCGUCCCCAAGUACGGAUUUGAUUGGAUCUGUUUUGGCUUUUGCACUACCAACGACGAAGAUGGAGAGAGGCGGAUGCGCGACCUCUACGCGGAUCUCAUGGAUCGCUGCACCUUCGACGAGUUCUAUGCCGCCACCCGAAACGCGUCGUUAAUCUCCCUGUUCGACGCCAACUUCCUUGGGGCGGAGAUGCGCUCGCUACCGAACCUAGAGGACAUGCUCCGUACAACCCCGCUGUCAUUCCGCGUCGUCUAUCUCCUCAAACAAUACGUGCUCUGCGAGAGCAUAAAGUUGCACGAGCACGUGGCAAACAACUUCGGCUUCGCAUCUUGUCGCGGAGAGACGGAGAAGGCAGACCUCAGGGCCCUAUACAGGCGGCUGUUCGACGAGAUGCACGUUGACCCGCUAGUCUUGCAACACGCGGCCGCUCAAGGUCGACUCUAUGAAGCAGCCGAGACGGCCUGUGGCUUCAAGUUCAAGGGUGCAGAAAAGGCGCUCUUCCGUAGACUGUUGAAGGAAGAGUGUCCGCGCUCUGUCCCCGAGAAGGAGCUCUACGUUCGGUACAUAGAGAACUCAAACAGGUCCACAUCGAACUAG